UGCCAGCAGGAAGAGCUCCGGACCCAGUCCUGGAGGCGCUCCAGGGAAGGAGGCGUUGGGGGGCCCGAGGAGGGUGUGGGCGUGUCUGGUAUGGGAUGCCCUGGCCAGGAGGGAACUUUCUCCAGUAGAUCGGUGCGUGGUCCGUUUGAGGAAUCCCCCUCUUCCUUUCUGCUCUCUUAUCCGCCCACAAGAGAGUUCUCAUGGUCUGUGCUCAAGUUCUGGAAACCUCUUGGGGUGGGCGUCAUCACCUACUACUACUUCAUUAUAGAACUGCCCGGGACCUUUUCUGAUACUGGGCACAAACGUGGGGAGUAUGUCAGAAAACAAGGAGCCACCGCGGCUGGGCCUCGUGAGCAAACGCCCCGGUGCGACGGCACUUAGCAACUCAGGCAAGACUCACUGCCCGUCGUGCUUGGGGCUUUUCAAAGCCCCCAAGCUCUUGCCUUGUUUGCACACGGUGUGCACCACGUGCCUGGAGCAGCUGGAGCCCUUCUCAGUAGUGGAUGUCCGAGGGGGCGACUCUGACACCAGCUCUGAGGGCUCACUAUUCCAGGAACCCAAGCCACGCAGCCCUCGACCACAGAUCGGCAUCCUCUGCCCGGUAUGUGAUGCCCAGGUGGACCUGCCCGUGGGUGGAGUGAAGGCCUUAACCGUUGACCAUCUGGCCAUGAAUGAUGUGAUGCUGGAAAGUCUGCGAGGGGAAGGCCAGGGCCUGGUGUGUGACCUGUGCAGCGACAGGGAGGUGGAGAAGAGGUGUCAGACCUGCAAAGCCAAUCUGUGCCACUUCUGCUGCCAGGCUCAUAGGCGGCAGAAGAAAACAAUGUACCACACCAUGGUGGACCUCAAAGACCUGAAAGGCUACAGCCGGAUUGGGAAGCCCAUCUUGUGCCCCACUCACCCUGCGGAGGAGCUGAGGCUGUUCUGCGAGCUCUGUGACCGGCCGGUGUGCCGGGACUGCGUGGUGGGUGAGCACCGGGAGCACCCCUGCGACUUCACCAGCAACGUCAUCCACAAGCACGGGGACUCCAUGCGGGAGCUUCUCAAAGGCACCCAGCCCCAUGUCCAGGCGCUGGAGGAAGCCCUGGCUCAGAUCAAAGGGCUCAACAGUGCCCUCCAGGAGCGCGUGGAGGCCGUGGCAGCCGACGUGAAGUCCUUCUCCGCCGGCUACAUCAAGGCUAUCGAGGAGCACCGGGACAAGCUGCUGGCACAGCUGGAAGACAUCCGGGUCCAGAAGGAGAACACCCUGCAGUUGCAGAAGGCACAGCUGGAGCAGCUGCUGGCCGACAUGCGGACUGGUGUGGAUUUCACUGAGCACUUGCUGAGCAGCGGCUCGGACCUGGAGAUCCUGGUCACCAAGGGGGUAGUGGUUGAGCGACUCACGCAGCUGAACAAGAUCGAGUAUAGUGCCCGGACGGGGGUGAGCGAUAAGAUAAGCUUCUCUCCCCAGGAGAAAGCCGGCCGGUGCCGGGGCUAUGAAGUGUUUGGGGCCAUCAGUACCAAGGAGGUCGACCCUGCCAAGUGUAUCCUUCAUGGGGAAGAUCUGCACAGGGCCCGGGAGAAACAGAAAGCCUCUUUCACCCUGUUCUGUAAGGAUGCAGCCGGAGAGAGCAUGGACAGAGGAGGAGACAACAUUCAAGUUGCCGUGGUCCCCAAAGACAAGAAAGAUUGUCCCGUCAAGACGAUUGUCCAGGAUAACAAAGAUGGGACAUACUCCGUCUCCUACACCCCCAAGGAGCCUGGGAUCUAUUCCGUGUGGGUCUGUGUCAAAGAGCAGCAUGUCCAGGGCUCGCCAUUCACUGUGACCGUCAGGAAGAAGAACCGCCCACACCAAGGGGUGUUUCACUGCUGCACGUUCUGCUCCAGCGGAGGCCAGAAAACUGCCCGCUGUGCCUGUGGAGGCACAAUGCCAGGUGGGUACCUAGGCUGUGGCCAUGGACAUAAGGGCCACCCGGGCCGUCCCCACUGGUCGUGCUGUGGGAAGUUUACCGAGAAGUCUGAGUGCACGUGGACGGGCGGGCAGAGCGCACCCAGGAGUCUCCUCAGGACCGUGGCACUCUGACUCUUUCCCCGACGCCAGGCCAGCCUGUGUAGAUGGUGACCCGCGUGGUGUCGGCAGAUACCAGGCCAGCCUGUGCAGGCGACAGCCGGCGUGGUGUCAGCUCCCCGGAGGAACCCAGACCUGGGUGAAUUCUGAAGACCUGACAGAAUUAAAAACAAGGUGCCUUAUCUUA